UACGCGACACAUAAGCACGCGCUGCUUUCGGUUGGUACGUCAUCAAUACGUCGACGUCAAAGAUUCACUCGGAAGUGGUGGAGGCGGCUAUGCAGCUAGCACAGGGCUAGCGAAGAGAAAUGAACUUCCCUGUAAAGCACAGCCGUUUAUUUUUUAAUAGGUCUGGAACCAGACUAACAUACAUGUCCACGCAGCACUGACUAAGUGCCAUCUACCGGAGGACUACAAUGGGCCAGCGAAGAAGAACGGCAGCUUUGAAAUCCCCCUCGUCUCAGAGAGAUUCUGGAGAUGCUGCUUGGGUCCCCAACAAGAAGCACAACAUUUGCAUGGUGUCUGACUUCUUCUAUCCAAAUAUGGGAGGAGUAGAGAGUCACAUUUAUCAGCUAUCCCAGUGUCUGAUUGAGAAAGGGCACAAGGUGGUAAUUGCCACCCACGCCUACGGUCGGAGAAAGGGCGUCCGGUACCUGACCAACGGGCUGAAGGUGUACUACCUGCCCCUGCAGGUGAUGUACAACCAGUCCACAGCCACCACCUGCUUCCACAGUCUCCCACUGCUGCGCUGUGUGUUUGUCAGGGAGCGCAUCACUGUGGUGCACGCACACAGCUCCUUCUCCGCCAUGGCCCACGAUGCUUUGUUCCACGCUAAGACGAUGGGCCUAAAUACGGUGUUCACUGACCACUCCCUCUUCGGAUUCGCUGACGUCAGCUCUGUGCUGACCAACAAGCUUCUCACCGUUUCGCUGUGCGACACCAACCACAUCGUCUGCGUGUCCUACACCAGUAAGGAGAACACAGUGCUCCGUGCUGCUCUCAACCCAGAGAUCGUGUCGGUCAUUCCCAACGCCGUCGACCCCACAGACUUCACACCUGACCCGACACAGCGCCAGCAUGACAGGAUCACCAUCGUCGUCAUCAGCCGCCUUGUCUACCGCAAAGGGAUUGAUCUUCUUGGUGGAAUCAUCCCAGAGCUUUGUCUCAAAUAUCCUGAUUUACAUUUCCUGAUUGGCGGAGAGGGACCGAAGAGAAUUGUGUUGGAGGAAGUGAGAGAGAAAUACCAACUGCAUGAGAGGGUGCGUCUGCUUGGGGCUCUGGAGCACAAAGAUGUGCGGGGCGUCCUAGUUCAGGGUCACAUCUUCCUCAACACGUCGCUAACUGAAGCUUUCUGUAUGGCCAUUGUGGAAGGAGCCAGCUGCGGGCUGCAGGUGGUUAGCACUCGUGUGGGUGGCAUUCCUGAGGUAUUGCCAGAGGACUUGAUCACCUUGUGUGAACCCACGGUUCGGUCCUUGUGUGCUGGUCUUGAAUCGGUCAUUGCCCAGCAGCGGUCUGGCUCCGUUCCCUCCCCGGCCACCAUUCACAGCCGCGUGAGAAACCUCUACACCUGGAAAAAUGUGGCAGAGAGGACCGAAAGAGUGUACGACAGAGUGGCCGGAGAGGGAGUCCUCCCCCUGGACAGGAGGUUACGGAGGCUCAGGGCCCACUGUGGCCCCGUGGCCGGCUCCAUCUUUGCCUUUGUGGCCGUGUUGGAUUUUCUCUUCCUGCUGCUGCUGCAGUGGUUGGUGCCAGAUCACCUGAUGGACGUCGCUGUGGACGCCACGGGCCCACGUGGACUGUGGAGUCAGGAAAAGAGCUGCAAAAGCAGAUUUUAUUCAAAAAGUGCCACAAAGGGGGCAGCAGGAGCUUCCUCGCAGUGAUCGCGCUUCACCGCUGCCUCAUUCCCAGCUGCUCAGACAGAGUCUGCACCCCCCAACCCCCAAAAAUGUUUACAUUUAACAAAAGGGACUCGUGUUACAGCAUUUAAUCUCCUUUUGGAAUUAAUAAGCACUUUUCUUGUCUUUACAGUGGACACAUUGCAAAGAUUAAGAUGAUCUUUUAUUUUAUUGUUGGUGGACCUCGUGUUUUUGGUUUUACAUAUUUUGGGAAGCUGAUCAGUUUUUUCUAAUUAAUUGUCAGUGUAAUAUAUUCGUAUGCAAUCCAAUCUGGGAGUCAUUCAGACGAUUGUCUGGCAUCCAGUCCAGUCCGAGAAAUAAAUGAUGCUUUCUGACGUGA